GGUAUUUAUUUCUUGCUUCUUAGUUUACCAUAAACAAAAAGUUUUUCCUUAAUAUUUCUGUACGAAAAUGCAUUUUUGUCUUCUUUGUUUUGUCAUCAGCUGUCACACCUCUAAAAUGUAGGAGGUGUCACUCCUAACCUGGUAAACUGGUUUGUCACAAAUGGUUCUCAUUCUUCUAUAUAAUGAAUGUGUCACAAGUUUCAUUGAAACUAGAUUUUGCACAAAGAGUCUGUGUUUGAGUUUUCCAGCAAAAGAGUAUCAGCAUGUCUCGGAGCAGCACUGGAGGCCAAAGCCGAUACAACACUUUGGAGAAACCCAGAAGAUCGGGAACCUAUGGCAGAUACAGCAGUCCCAGACCCGCUAGCCAGAACAGCAGCGGAAACGCUGUGCUAUGUGAUUUUUGUCUGGCUAAGAAGAACAAGGCAGAGAAGUCGUGCCUGACAUGCUUAACUUCAUUCUGUGAAACUCAUCUUCAGGCACAUUACGAGUAUCCGGCUCUCAUGAAACACAAGCUGGUAGCGGCAACGGGCCAUCUUCGCGAGAAGAUCUGUGCUGAACAUGAUAAACUCUUAGAGGUUUUCUGCCGUUCCGACCAAGCUUGUGUUUGCGUUUUGUGUAUCAUGGAGGAGCACAAAAAACAUGAUAUUGUUUCAGCUGCAGCCGAAAGGACAGAAAAGCAGAAAGAAGUUGGGGCUAAACUGAUGUCUUCACAGCAAAAAAUUGAGGAAAAAGUGAAGAAAUGGCAAGAACUCCGACAGGCAGUGGCAUCCUUAAAACAUUCAUCUCAGAGUGUGCUGGAUGAAAACGAGAGGAUUUUCGCUGAGCUGCUGCGAACUCUGGAGAGGCGAUAUAUAGACGUGAAGGAGACGAUUCAAGCCCGGGAAACACUUCUUGAGUCUCAUGCAGAGAGACACAUGGACAGACUUGAGGAGGAGAUCACACUACUGAGAAAGAAACAUAAUGACCUGGAGCAGCUGUCUCACUCGGAUGAUCACAUCCAUUUUUUACAGAGCUGGCAAGCUCUCUCUGCCCCGUCUGGAUAUGAGGACUUGUCUAAGGUGACUUUAGCCCCACACCACAGUUUUGAGGAUGCAAAGAAGGCCAUCGCUGCACUUAAAGUACAAGUAGAAGACAUAAGCAAAGAUGAACUGAACAAAAUCUACUCCGCAGUUAAGGCGGUUCAAAUUCUACAGAUUGCGGAACCAUUAAAAAGAGAGGAGUUCUUAGAAUAUUCCUGCCAGCUGUCAUUGGAUGCCUCAACAGCCCAUCCAAACCUGUCUCUGUCAGAGAAAAACACAGUGGUCAAGAUGAAUAAUCAACCAAUGUUGUAUCCUGAGCACCCUGAUCGCUUCGACUACUGGCAGCAAGUGCUGUGUAGAGAAGGUCUGGCUGGUGGUCGCUACUACUGGGAGGUGGGCUGGAGCGGCACCGAAAUAGAUAUUGCUGCGACUUACAAGGGCAUUCAGAGGAAAGGAAAUGACAAUGUUAGUAGCUUUGGGUGGAAUGACAAGUCUUGGAGUUUGUACUGCUCUGAAUCAAAGUUCUCCUUUCUGCACAACAGCAAAAGCACUACUUUGUCUGAUUCUGUCCCCAGAUCCUCCAGGAUAGGGGUGUAUUUAGAUUACGGGGCUGGAACGCUGGCAUUUUAUAAUGUGUCAGACAAUAUGAAACUUAUUCACACGGUUCAUACUAAAUUCACUGAGCCCAUCUACCCUGGGUUUGGAGUCUGGGGAUAUGGAACCACUGUGCGACUGUAAAGAGUUAAUGACAACUGUUGUAGAGUCAGGAUAUCAAAAGUAGCCUUCACAGAGCAGUGGCUCUCAAACCCCCUUGUGUAGGGUGCAUUCAUUAAUAAUUAAAUUUAUGACAUAAAAUAAUCUCAAACAUAUAAUUUAAAUUUAACAAAACAUAUCAAAUGAUUAUUGUUCUGAGGUUUAAUUACACAGAAUUUCUGAUAAAUAAAUGUAUUUGAUAAAAUGUCACAAAAGUGGAACCCCCAUGGCACAAUAUCAUAACCCAAGGGGGGGGGGGUCUCAUAGUUUGAGAACCACUGCUAUAUAGAGUGAAUUAAGUCAGAAGUCAGCAUACAGUACAUGCAUAAUCUGAUUCAAGAUAUGUGAUACUGAGUUCCACCUGCUGUGAAUCUGUAUAGGCUCUUAUUUGCAGUUAAAUAUAUGUGACAUGAAGGAGUAUAAGAAUUUAAGUCUAUUUAUAUAAAGAUCAUUACAUCUAAUGAGAAGUAAAAAUGUGAAGUUACCUAUUACAGUAGAUUUACCUGUACAGUGUUGCAAAUUUUUGUUUAAUAGCCUUACAGAAUACAACAUUAGGACACAAUUUUAUGUUCACAGUUAAUUACGCUUAAUUAUUUUUACAUUUUUAAUUAAUAUUAAUAAAAUAACUUGUGUUAUAUUUUAUUUAAAGUCUUUAAUUUGUUGUGUUUGUAUUGUUACUUGCUUUUAGUACCUGGAAAAAUGUUAAAAGCACAUGCUAAAUCUCACCACAAGAUGGAGCAAUUUAAAACCUUUUGAAUAUUAAAUAGUUAUGUAGUUUUUUUAGGAAUACUGUCUGAUAACUCAUUACUAUUCAGACAAACUGAGGCAGAUUAAUGUUUUAUGUUAAAUAAUUUUUUACCAUGUUUUUUUUAACAUGACUACUUUCAUUUUCAAUUAAUUAAAUCAUUGACAUUGACACUACAUCAGCAUAUAGCUACAUAAUUGAGAGGCUUAAUAAAAAUACUGAUAUUCAGAAUAUUCAAUCUACAUUCAGUCUGUUUUGUUUGACACAUAACUCAUUCUUCUCCCUUCAUGUUCUUAUCCAGGAGUAUUUUUUCAUCAUUUUUAGCACAGUAUUAUCAUCUGGUUAAGUCAGAACAUCAAAAGAACAAAGACAUUGAUGAAGAAAGAAACAAACAUAUUGAUUAGACUGCUUAUACUCAAUAAUGAACUAUGAUACAGACUCAGCAAUAGCACAACUGUUUAAGGGUCUUUUCUUUAGAUUGAUUGUGAGGAAAUAUUUACAGACUAAAAGUUUUCUAUAGAUUUGUUGAAGCUCAUUUGAUGUGAUUUAUGACUAUGAUGGAUUUUAAUACUAACAGUAUUUUCAUUGUUGUCACAGUGCAAGGUGUAAAAACCCAGAUCUAUGAAUGUGUUGCAGUUAAUAAGUCAGGCUAAUACAUUAAAUAAGUUUAAGUCAAUUCUGACCAACUCUGUCAAGAUAAUGGUGAAGAGCUUCAUGCUUGUCUGAUAAGAAGUGCUUAUGAAACAAGAUGAAUCACUUAUCAGCUAGAGCAGUAUCACAUCUAAUUGUCCCAGAAUGUACAAAACCUUAACAGAUCUGUUAAAAACAUAUUGUUCUUAAUAAAGAGUGGCACAUGAACAA